GAGACAGGUCCUGUACAAAAAGUAACCAUUCCCAAAGAUCGCGAUGGCAAGCAAAGAAGUUACGGUUUCAUCACGUACAAACACCUGAAUUCCGUGGAGUAUGCCUUGGGUCUAUUUGACGAUACAAUGCUGUACAAUCGUACUCUUAAAAUGAGACUGAGAAACAAUACGGAGCCCCAGCAGGCGGAACAGUUCUUAAAUCCUGUCCGCAAUAUGAAUCAUAUGUUGGAAUUGGGUCAGCAAAUGAUCCUAGGAAUUUAUCCGCCGCAGACUAGUAGCGGCAAUGCCAUGCUUGGUAUGAAUAUU